AUAUCGGAAGUGGGGCGGGGUGUGGUCCCUUUGGUGCUAGCGUCCGGAGAAAAUGACGAAGGGUACAUCGUCAUUUGGUAAGAGACGAAAUAAGACACACACCUUGUGUCGUCGAUGUGGGUCCAAGGCAUACCAUCUGCAGAAAUCUACAUGUGGGAAAUGUGGUUACCCUGCCAAGCGUAAGAGAAAGUAUAACUGGAGUGCAAAGGCUAAAAGACGCAACACCACUGGUACUGGUCGCAUGAGGCACCUGAAAAAGGUCUACCGCCGAUUCAGGAAUGGAUUCCGUGAGGGAACCAUGCCAAAGCCCAAGAGAACAGCUGCUGCAGCUUCCAGUUCAUCAUAAUGACUCAUCUAUUUGUUAAAAUAAAUGGUCUUAUCCAGAAAAGUCACCUUUUAUGUGUUUUACUUCAGUGAAAUAUGGGAUUCCUGAAAAUACAUAUAUUUACACACACAAAUUCCUGAUGGUAUGCACUGAAGCAAUUCAUUAAAAAUAAUCCUUUAAUUGACACUUCA